AUGACAGUCUCAACCCCAAUCGCUGCCAAAGUCCCUUUGAGCAAGGCAGCGGAAGUGGAGCAGGCAGGUCUGUCAGACUUGGAGAUCAUCUCCCAGCCGGUGGAGGAUGAGAACCAAUGCUUGGCUCCUCCAGUCCAGCUGGUGAGUUUUGGCUACAGAGAUCUGCCCCUCGCAGCUCUGGACCUCUCGCUGGCUGGCUCGCAGCUGCUCUCCAACGCAGAUGAAGAUGAAAACAGGGAAGGGUCCAACUGGCUGAAGCCGUGCUGCGGGCGUCGGGUGGCCCUGUGGCAGGUCUGUCUGCUCAGCGCCGGCUUUAACUGCAUCCUGGUGGCCUGCGUUAUCCUGGUGGUGCUCUUCCUGUCUUUGGAGCUGCUCAUAGACACCAAACUCCUACAAUUUUCCAAUGCGUUCCAAUUUGCCAGCAUUAUCCACUGGAUCAGCCUUAUCAUCCUGUCACUCUUCUUUUCAGAGACUGUCUUCAGGAUUGUAGUGCUCGGGAUCUGGGACUACAUCGAAAACAAAGUUGAGGUGUUUGAUGGUGCUGUCAUUGUGCUGUCCCUGGCCCCCAUGGUGGCCUCCACGGUGGCCAACGGGCCCAGCAGCCCCUGGGACGCCAUAAGCCUCAUCAUCACCCUGCGAAUCUGGAGGGUCAAGAGGAUCAUUGACGCUUAUGUGCUACAAGUCAAAGUUGAGAUGGAAUUGGAGAUCCAGCAGUGUGAGAAGACGAAGGCUGUGAGAGAGGAGCAGCUGGAGCGUCUCACUCAGAUCUGUCAGGAGCAGGCUUUUGAGAUCAGGCAGCUGAGGGCACAUCUGGCCCAGCAGGACCUGGACCUCGCAGCAGAGCGGGAAGCAGCCAUGCAGAUCCACCAUGUAUGGGGCAAACAGGGCAGGAGCUUUCAGGUUGUAGAAGGUUUGACUCCUGGGGAGUCUGACGAUGAAGGCGGUCAGAGAAACCCCCGGGAGCCGCGUGCUACUGCAGAUCCAGUUGUACGUGAUGACAUGAACAACUACAUCAGUCAAUAUUACAGCGAAGCGAGCAGUGAUGCUGGGGCUUCAGGUUUGGGAGCGCGGGUCAUCACCACGGCAGCCAUUGAUGUUCAUCUUCCCAUCAGUACCAACCCCAUCCAGUCGAAUCCGAUGCUUGCCAUGGAGCGGGUGGGCAGCGCUGUAAGUGACGCCUCCACCAGCAUAUCACGGUCCAGCGGCAGCCUGACGGCCCGCCCCCACAGCCUGAGUAGCCACACGCCGGGUUCGUCUAUGACAGACUGCAGCAGCAGCACAGCUCAGGACCUCAGUCUGAGCUACAGUGCCCAUCGCUGCUGCCCUCCUUCCUUCUCAGGCCAGGACCCCUGCAGGGACCCCAGCAUGGUGGUGCAGGAGCUACUCUCCUCCCUCUCUGAGGACUCCUGCCUCGCUCAGAAGGGCCUGGCAGUAGACCCUGUCAACCUUAAGCUUCCCAGUCCCACGGGCUCAGAAAACGCAAGCCCUGAACUGGACAACAGAAUAAACAUCUUCAAUCGCAGGAACCAGGAGGAGAGGCGAGGCCGGGGAAGAGGCUGUGUGCUGUUGCAGACCAAGCCUCUGAUCCACCUGCAGGGCAGCAGCACCGAGCCCUCUCUGGAGGAGAAGUACCGGCUACUAGGACCGGCUGACUCACCUCUGGGCCACAUGCCUGAUACAUAA